AUGAGGGCUUCCACGAAACCGGGGACCUUCCUGCUGGCCUUCACACUGCUCUGCACCCUCCUAGGUCUGGGAUGCCCGCUGAGCUGUGAGGUGUGCAGGGGCUCCGGGCCCACGUGCAGCGGGAAAAUGAAGACUUGCGAGGCCGGCAAGGACGCAUGCGUGGUCAUCGUGGGGGAGUCCUGCACAAAGGGCCGCCACUCAGUGAACACCUACAAGGCCUGCAUGAAGUCCAGCGACUGCUACUCGGGAUUCGUAUCCACCACGAUGGGCCCCAAGGACUACAUGGUGUCCAACACGCGCUGCUGCCAGACUGACGGCUGCAACCACGGCUCCGUGCCCCCUCCCCCGAACAACCGGACGGAGAACGGCCUCCAGUGCCCAGCCUGCAUCGCACCCUUUCAGGAGACAUGCCCCGGCACCCAGGCAGCCCGCUGUGUUGGCCAGGAAACCCACUGCGUCUACUUCGCUGGCAGCGUGCAGGCUGGUCUCAUCACCCCCAAAUUUGCCACUCGGGGCUGUGCUACGGAGAGUGCCUGCUUCGCCAAGGCUGGCGCCCAGGUACCUUCAGCCUCUUAUCUGUACUUCCUCCGCCGAGCAGACUGCCUUCCAGCCCCCCGGUCCCUUGGCAGGGCGGAGUGAAGAACUGAGGAGUAUGUAGCUUGACGUCUCCAUUUGUCUAUACCUCCUCGUGUGCCUAUAAA